GACGACAAGGAGUAACGCUAGGCUGUUUUCUAUAACAGCAUGAUAAAGACAGUGAUAAAUAAUACAAUUAAAUAUAUUAUGUGUUUAUUCAAGUGACAAUUGACUUCCAAGAUGGCGGUCAAAAAAGGCGCGUUAAUAUUAUUUGCUUUCUACACACGGUUUGCGUGCUGUGAUUAUUAUCGAAUGGGCACUAACACAAAUGCGGCUGAAGCGAUGCAAUUCCUGAGAGAGUACGAUCGGGAAGCGUCAGGCAUGUGUUACAGAGUAACAAUAGCACAAUGGAAAUUCGUUACCAACAUAACAGAAUAUAAUCGCCGCAAAAUGCUUGAGGAGUUGGGAAUCAACUCCAAGUUUGAGAGGCUCUCGUGGAGGAAGGCAGCUGCGUAUGAUGCCUCCAGGGUGUCAGAUCCUCAGAGCAGGCGGCAGCUGGUGAAAAUCCUGCAGGGCAGUCGAUCUGCCUUGCCUGAUGAACAGUUUUCCGAGAUACAAACCCUAAUAAAUGAGAUGAAAGAGAUAUACAACUCGGCAAAAAUCUGUCCCUUUGGUCAGAAACCAUAUGACCCUCAUAUCCCGAGGCUGCCUCCCACGGAAGUGCCGGAGAUAAAUCAACACCAGUACCAUCUUAGUAAUGAGCCAUUUCAGCAUUACCGAUUGAACCAGGAGGUGACAGAGUUCCCAAACUACUGUGAUAUGCAACUGGAUCCGGAAAUAUCCAGGAUUCUUGCCCACUCCAGGAUAGAGAGCGAGUUGCUCUACGUCUGGAAGAGUUUCCGGGAUAAAACUGGACCAAAAUUAAAGAAUCGCUUCAUGAGAUAUGUGCAACUGGCGAAUCAGGCAGCUAUUAGCUCUGGUUACAAAGACGCAGGUGACCAAAUGAGAUCGGCCUACGACGAUCCCUCUUUCCGAGAGAGUGUAGAAGAGGUCUACAACCAGGUGGCCCCGCUUUACAAGCAACUCUUCACUUAUGUCAGACGGAAGCUGGUGCAAAGAUACGGCGAGAACAGUGUUCGCAGUGAUGGGCCGAUACCGGCUCAUUUAUUGGGUAACAUGUGGGCUCAGAACUGGAAGUCGAUAAUGGACUUGGUGAUGCCUUUUCCUCAGGCCUCAAAUAUUGAUGUCACCUCGGAAAUGCUACGACAGGGAUUCACACCACUUAGAAUAUUCCAAAUGUCCGAAGAGUUCUAUACCUCUAUGGGCAUGAAGCCAGUGCCUCCGGAAUUCUGGCGCAGUUCCAUGCUGGUCCGACCUUCGCAGAGGAGCGUCCAGUGCACUGCUAGCGCUUGGGACUUUUGUAAUCGGAUUGACUAUAGGAUAAAGCAAUGCACAGAAGUGACAAUGCAGGAUCUCAUAUCUACACAUCACGAAAUGGCGCACAUACAAUAUUAUCUACAAUACGCUGACCAACCACAUCUAUUCAGAGACGGCGCAAAUCCGGCUUUCCACGAGGCGGUAGCGAACGCGGCGACAUUAUCAGUGUAUAACUUGCCACAUUUACAAAGAGUGGGACUUUACCAGAAUAAGUCUCAUGACCCCUACGAAGUGACGAUGAACUUCCUCAUGUCCAUGGCUUUGGAGAAGGUGGCUUAUUUACCUUUCGCGUUUAUGGUGGAUCAGUGGCGCUGGUCGGUAUUUGAAAGUGGCGUCGAAAACAUGAACACAAGAUGGUGGCAGAUGAAACUUAGAUAUCAAGGAGUUACACCGCCUAUUACAAGGACAGAAGCAGAUUUUGAUCCCGGAUCCAAAUACCACAUUAUUUCAGAUCAAGAAUACAUUAAGUACUUUCUGGCGACGAUACUCGAGUUCCAGAUUUUUGAACAGCUGUGCCUUGUCUCCGGACAUCUAGGACACCUGCAUGAGUGUGAUAUAUACAGGAGUAGAGAUGCUGGAAGGCUGUUAAGUGAAAUAAUGCAGCCAGGCUCCUCCAAGUCAGCGUCAGAGAUCAUUCGAAGUGUGACACGGGGAAGAACUAACCGGAUAUCACCUGAAGCACUUGUCAAAUAUUUCCGUCCACUCGAACUAUGGCUACGGGUUCAAAAUCGCGACGAGCAGUUAAUCGGUUGGAAUUCAAAUCAACUGGAUGUCGCUCUCUUUGCGCCGCGGAAAAGCGCGGGAAGUUUUGACAGUCCGCCAUUGUUCUCUAUUGUUAUAAUUGUUUGUCUUUCGAUGAUUUAUUAAAGAGUUUUUAUGGA